AUGUCUUUUAUCUCACCAUUCGGCGUGUCUACAUCUACACCCGGCCAUGGAUCCAUUGUUCUCGACAUUCUCCCGCCGGAUAAGCCUGUCCUUCGCACUGUUUCUUACCAGUAUCCCCUCAAGCUAGUUGCACCGGACCCAUUACCCCCACCAAAUUAUGACAAGAAAGCAGAUAGUGAGACAGAGCAGACUGGCCCAUGUCUGGUACACACGGUGUUUCUUCUUACCUAUGGCGGCGGGAUUGUCGCUGGAGACAGCAUAGACUUGGAAGUAAAGCUGGAUAGCAAUACUCGGCUUAUUCUGUUGACUCAAGGCUCGACCAAGGUCUUCAAGACACCGAGUCCAGAGCUGGUGUCCCGGCAACACAUGACUGUUAAUCUCAAGCAUCACGCGGCAUUGAUGUAUCUUCCAGAUCCGGUACAGCCGUUUGCCCGUACCGCGUUUGCGCAGUCUCAAAUAUAUUAUUUGGAGAAGGAGCAGGGCAGUCUAUGCGUGUGUGACUGGGUUACGAGUGGGCGCUCGGCACGAGGAGAGAACUGGGAUAUGUACGGAUACAAAAGCCGCAAUGAAGUUUGGACGGUAGACGACUCAGGGAAGAAAAGGCUGCUCCUGCGAGACAACCUGAUUCUUGAUAAGCACGGCAGGACGGGAAUGCCACUCUCAGCACGCAUGGACAACUACUCUGUCUUUGGCACUUUGAUCGUUCGCGGUCCGAUCUUCUCCUCGUUAGCCACGUUCUUCCUGGAUGAGUUCGAAGCGCUCCCACGUAUCGGGGGCAGGAACUGGGGCGAUGCGGUGCAGCCCGAACUGCUGCCACACGAAAAGAGACGAUGCGAGAGACAACAGAGGGAGAAGGUCGACGGUCUGAUAUGGAGUGCGGCGAAUGUGAGGGGAUUUGUGCUAGUCAAGUUCGGUAGCAGGGAGUUGCAGGGAGCCAGAAACUGGCUAAGGGACAUGGUCCAAGAAGAGGGGUCGGUGCCGGAGAGCUUUGGCGAGAGAGCCAUGUUGUGUUUGAAGUGA